AGGAAUGGUGUGAGGGCGUCGUUUCAGGGUUCAGGGUAAGAGCCAAUGGGGUGGCUUAAUGAAGCCCUUGCUUUAUUUUUCAGUCGCGCCUGUGCCAAACCUUCAUGCUAACACCGCCUGGCCUCCUUCUUCACCCAAAACAUCCGGACAUGAUCACCUCAGGUUUUACAAACACCCAUAGGCUGUUCCUGCAGGCAGCGAUCUCUCGGCGAUUGAUGACACAGGCGGCUGCACUGAAUGUAUACUCACAAAUCUGCAAUGUGACGGAAGAACAAUUCGAUCAGGACCAGUUCCAAGACUUUAUUACGCAAUUGAACGAAGGGCUCAACAAUGUGGAACUGGAGUUCAGACAAGCACAGGACGAGAUAUCAGGCGAAGCAGUUGUGGCACUUACAAAUACAAAUGGACAAAAAAUCGCACAGGUCGCAACAGGAUACAGCCCCACGGAACUGGAGUACUUUAAGCAUCUGCUGGACGCAAUCAUCAUGGCAGACGAUGAGGCGUUUUGUAUCAGCUCGACAGCAGCAUUGCAUGAAGCAGGAAAACUGAAAAACAAGGAAAAUAAGGCAUUGGCUAUCCCAAAGCGUGAAGCUGAAAAUCUGCUGGACAGAUUCGUGGCCGACAAAUGGUUUAUCCGAUCAGCAGCUGGAGCAUACUCACUUUCGAUGCGCUCGUUGCUUGAGUUGCAGACAUACCUCAAGGAGACAUAUGGCGAUCAAGUCCAGGAGUGUACGCUUUGCAUGGAGAUCAUUACCAAAGGACAGCGCUGCGAGGUCGCUGCGUGUUCGUCUAGGCUGCAUCACCAUUGCGCUUCACAGUACUUCAAGAACAUGAGUAACCCCGUAUGUCCAACAUGUCAUAGUGCAUGGCCAGGCAGGGUUCUAAUCGGACUUCCAGACAAGACCUCAGCACCUUCGAUGAUCCGGAGGCGUAGAAGAGAGAAUGACGUUGCGGGUGAUAGAGAGGGAGAGGAUGGCAAUGCGAGGGGUGAAGCCGAGGAUGACGACGAGGAUGAAGACGCGCGUUAGUUUGACCCACACGAAUAAACUUCAAAAGAGAAGC